GGGUUCUUUGUCAUAGCGCCGAAUCUCCUCGGGCAUGCAUGGAGACGAGGCACCGACUACCGUAUGUCCACCCUUGCAGAGGAUCUCCGACCAUACUUCAUCAAAGACACAUCCUAUGACGUGAUUGUGGGUCACUCUCUUGGAGGCCCAGUGACCUUGUCGCUCUUGCAAUUCUUGCCCAAAACGAAAGAAACGGCUGUAAUACUCCUCGAUCCACCCCUCGAGAUUGAGGGGAUAACUGAAAUGCAUAAAAGUUGGUUUCUGAACGAGGUUACGAAUGUCAGAUCCAUCGAGGAGGUGGCUGAUGAUCGUGGCUGGUCACGACGUGACUGCGUGUUACGCGUAUUAGGACUUUCAAUGUGCGACCGUACCACUGUCGAGGGAAUCUUCUCGCAUAACGAGCCAUGGUCUUUCAGUGGCCUGCUCAGAAACAUCCCCCCUCAUGUGAAGAUCACCGUGCUGGCAUCAGAUCCUGAGGCCGGCGCCGUUUGCGAUCCGGAGCACAUCCCUAGUGACGAUGAGAGACUGAAUGUCAAAGUUCUUCCGGGCAUCGGCCACUGCAUUCACUACGAGAAUCCAGAUGCUAUCAUGGACUCAAUCCGAUUACCAAGAGCGAAGCUUUGA